UCAUCCCGUCCCUGAGGAGGAGUACGGUGUGUAAAUCUGGUCGACACGUUGAUCUGUGAAUUAAAACAGAACCUGGAGGCGUCUCGGUUAAGCGCUCCACCGUUGGGACGCCGUGGGAACGCCGAGGCUCAGAUGGGGCAUCGUGAGGAGAGACCGCAGGCUGCUGGCAGAUAAACGACGAUGUCCUGUUCGCCCCGUCCAUCCUGAAGUCCUUUCUGUCGUUCUGCACCGUCGGCAUGUCUGAACGAGCGCCGCGCGUCCUGUAGCGCGCCGUCCACUCCGCUCCCCCGUCUCCGCGCGGUCUGCGACGCCCGCCGCCGCGCCGCACAUGGAAGCCCGCAAGAACGGCCACGCUAACGGCCACGCCGGCGGCGACACCAAGAAGACCCAGCGGAACGGAUCGGUCAACGGCUACCACAAGGAGCUGGUGCAGAUUCAGAUCCCCGAGCCCACCGGCCCCGCCUUCCCCACGGAAUGGGCCAAGACCGCGGCCGCCUUGCUGUACGCCGUCUGCUGCUUCAUGCUGACCACCGUCAUGAUCUCCGUCGUCCACGAGCGCGUGCCUCCGAAGGAAGUCAGCCCGCCGCUGCCGGACAAGUUCUUCGACGUGUUCGACCGCGCGCAGUGGGCGUUCACCGUGUGCGAGGUCAACGGAAUGAUCCUGGUCAGCCUGUGGAUUCUGCAGUGGAGUCUUUUAAAACACAAGUCUAUCGUCGGCCGGAGGUUCCUGUUCAUUGUAGGGACGUUGUACUUGUACCGGUGUAUCACCAUGUACAUCACCACACUGCCUGUUCCGGGGAUGCACUUCAAGUGUUCGCCUAAGCUGCAUGGCGACUGGGAGUCCCAGACGUGGCGGGUGAUGAAGAUGUUCGCCGGCGGAGGCCUGACCAUCACCGGCUCUCACCACAUGUGCGGCGACUACCUGUACAGCGGGCACACGGUCAUGCUGACCCUCACCUAUCUCUUCAUCAAAGAGUAUUCUCCCCGGCGCUUUUGGUGCUACCACUGGGUGUGCGGGACGCUCUGCGCCGUGGGCAUCUUCUGCAUCCUCCUCGCCCAUGACCACUACAGCAUAGACGUGGUCGUGGCGUACUACUUCACCACACGCCUCUUCUGGUGCUACCACACCAUGGCCAACCAACCAGAACUCAAAACGGCGUCUCAGAGCAACUUCCUGUCGCGCGUGUGGUGGUUCUGGGUGUUCCAGUACCUGGAGCGGAACGUGCAGGGCGUGGUCCCCCGCAGCUACCACGUCCCCUUCUCGUGGAGGUCGGUGCAGUGGGGCCACGUGAAGUACAGCCGGAUCGACUCGGAUUGAUCGUUCUGGCCGGAGAGGACAUCGGGACUGUUACAAGACUCGCCUCAAGUGCCAGCCUGACCGACCGCCCCACGCGGAGCCCGAGCGGCUGAGGGAUGCGUUUGGCACCCGGCUACUUCCGGGAGAAGUUCUGCUUCGAUCUGUUACUUGAAGCAGAGACGACGGGCUCGUACCGGGACGUUUUGCCAACAUGUCCACGUGCUCGUAGAAUCGACUGAGUCACGUUUCCAGACUGUAUUAUUAUUAUUAUUAUUAUUAUUAUUGUUAUUAUUAUUUUCCAGCCGAGCGAGGUGCAGAGAAGGAAAUAUUUAAGAGACGCGCGGCGUUUUGUAGCUCUCCGUCUAAACGCAGAUUUUCUAUCAGAAUUCCGUUUAUUUUGUGGAAGCAAUCCGCCGUAUUUUUUUACCCAGCGCAUCCGAGACUCUUUUUUUUGGUAACAGAACGUUCCUCAGUGCCUUGUUUCGGACUGUACGGUGGUGAUCCUGUGGUCCGUCUGAUCUGUAUUAUUUUUAAUAACGUAGAAGAGUGUCUGAUCUGGAUUUUCAGCCACGACAGAUCCUAACAGGUCCUUCCCUAAAGUGUUGCUGCAGAGUUGGAAGCACGACUGAAAGAAGCUCCCACAGCUCUGGAAUGAACCGCCAAAUACAUCUACAUACAAAUGCUGCCAUCUAUUGACUGAACAGGCACAAAUCCACACACACACACACACACACACACACCUGCACUGUUUUAAUAAAGUUCGUUUUUUAAACGGGACGGUCAGGUGUCCGAAUACUUUUGGCUAUAUAGUUUAUAUCCAUACAGGUCCGAUUGCUCCAGGAGAUGUGAAGUUUUCUGUAUUCACACAAAAUAUGUGAAUAAAAUAACGGUUUGAUGCUGUUAGUUUAUAAACUCACCGAGCUCUUUAUUUAUCAUUAGAUACGUAUAUCUGGUGCAUACGAUGAGCUACGAUCACUAUAGUUCUAUAGAAAUGUACUGUUGGUAUUCAACUACUGACUGAAUAUAAAGUCGGCCGGGUCAUGUGAUCAGAAAUGGUCCGGCUUAUAAAGAGGCCGGUACAUUUAAACAUGAUUUACAAAUCCCAACAACACUGCUGCACCUGAUACACUCGUCUCGUUGCAGUGCUGAGAAUGAUCCACCUUUCUAUUAUAUCUGGUCAGUAGGUGGUUGCUUUUGAUUGAUAACAGUCAGUACUUGUAUACCCAAGCGUUACAUCUGUAUGUACAAGACGGUUGUACCUAAUAAAGUGCUCGUUGAGUGUAGACACACGGCCGUAUGCAAACGUUUCGACACAUCCGGUCAAAAAUGUUAAAAUUGCUGCUAAAAUUUAGGGAAACGAGGCCGCUCAGGUGGCGCAGCGGUAAAACACACGCUAGCACACCGGAGCUGGGAUCUCGAAUACAUCCGGCUGGGCUGAGCGGCCACAUGAACAACGCUUAGCCUGUUGUUCAUAUAGGGGUGGGGUAGUAGUAAGCCGGAUAGUGUCUCCUCAUAACCGAUGCAACUACGACCUCUGCUGGCUGAUUGAUGGCGCCUGCACAGGGGUGCGCCGAUCAGGGUGUGUCUCUCCGUACACAGUGCUGAUCCGCAUUAGCACUCGUCAAAGUGUAGGUGGCAAAAUGCAUACGGCUGCCGCCCACGUGUCGGAGGGGGCGUGGGUUAGCUUCGUUCUCCUCAAUCAGAGCGGGGAUCGGCGUCGGUGGCGGGGAAGCUUGACGCGAUCGGGCAAUUGGACGCGGUAAAGUUGGGAAUUUGACCGGUCCCUAAAACACCCCGCUUUAACAGCAAGUGGUACCAAAUCCGUUUCCUCCGAGCAUCAGUGAGCAUCAACGUCCACAAACCAGCUGGAACGUCCGGCAUCAUUUCAUUCUGUGUGUGUUUGCUUUAUUUAUUACCGCGUCUCUGUGUACGUACGGUUAUGGCGUGGUCGUGUAGCCAAAAACGAGUGAGUAAAGCUGCUACCGCCGUUAUGAUCUGUUGUUUUGGCGAAUAAAUGACCACCGUUAGCACAU